GUUAUCGUAUUCGGUAACAAUGAGAAUAAGCAGUUGGGAUUGAAUGUCUCCUCAACAUGUAGACCAACGAUUUCAUAUGUUCUAAGGAAUCCUAACACGGAACUCGUUUACUGUUACGCGGGUUCAACUUACUCUGCAGUGCUUACGGCUGAGGGGCAGUGUAUAGCUUCUGGUGUAUUACCGUGGCAGAGCGAACGUCAGAAUGAGUUUCAGUCUUCGCUGAAUCCAGUUUUUGCCAAUCAUACGAUACAGUUCUUUGAUAAGGGCAUUGUGGCCGUGCAAACCUACACUCGUUUAACGAAGAUGUUAUUACUGAAGUCGUCAAUCGCAACUGAUUAUCAACGCUCACAAACGAUCUACUCGAUAUUUUUCAAAAAUUCGGAUGGUGAUCAUUUCAUUCGACUAAAAUUCAUUAUCGCAAAACAAAGUCAAACUCAGCACUGUCCAAUUCAGACGAAUUUGUCGAAUAUUCAGUUGUCUUCACACGGCGAAUUCAUUGCAAUGGAUGAGGUUGAAUAUUCUAUUGACUGCCAUUUAUAA